AUGAAAGAUAGAGAUGAGAAGAAUUAAAGAGAGGAUAUUAUUCAUCAGCUUUAGACUGUUUAAAAGCUUUUAGUGAGUUCUUAUCUUGUUCAUUAUAAUAAGAGAGUUAUAAGUAAACAAAAACUUAUAGUUUAGGGUCAAUUCAUGAACUUCCCUUAGAAAGAAGGCAAUAUAUAUUUAUAUUAACUAAUACAAAAAGGCUAAUUGAGGGAUUUAUUUAACAAAUAGGAAAGGGUCAUAUUAAAAGUUCUUUCUUCUUUCAAAGGACAAGGUUGGAUUACCUUAUAUGGCUUGUAUAAAGGGUAAGGUCAAAGAUGGGUACCAAUAUAAUAAGAGUUGACUGAUUAGGGUAUGUCUCUCCUCUUAAUGUAUUACGUUAUACAUGAGAAAAUAGGGAAAGAGAUUAAAGUUCAGAUAUGUAGGUGGAAAAUAUGUUCGAGAUUAAUUCUUAAUUAAUUAACCUUAUGGGUUGAGUUAAUUAAAGAUUUAAUAUUGGGCAUAUUAAAGGGUAUUAACAUAAAGAAAUAGUUUUUAAUUGGAAUCAGGCUUGGAACCAAACCUUACCACAUGGACUGUUAGGGUAAAAAUCUGCAAAAUACCCUUAUUGUUAUAGUCUUAGAUAAGGUCUUGAAUGGCCUUUAUCUUAGUAAAGAUGCUCUUAGGUAUACUAAUCCUACUAAAAUUUUAAGGCUAUAGGUAAACAUUGAAUAAAGUGCUAAGAAUGUUGGGUGGGUUCAUUACGAGAUUGGGACAAGCUUAUAUCAAGUUUUUGAUCAGUUUUCUUUAAAUUUUAAAGACCUUAAGAGUAAUGGUUGA